CCUCCCCCCAGGUACCUGGGGGCUGCACCUGGGGGUCCAGCUCAGCGCUCAGAGGUCCUCCAGGGUCCUGCCCCCUCCAGUGACAGCUCCACCUCGCCCAGGUACCCCCUGGCUGAGCAGCGGGGACAUGAGCGGGGCUGGGGGGCACCUUUGGGUACUCUGAGUGCCACCCCCACAGCAGCCCCCCCACCCGCGGCCCACCAAGGAUGUGACCCUCUGGCGAUGCCCGGCUGCGCCGAGCUCGCCGCCAGGCCGGCGGCACAGGAUGGAGCCUUUCCUGCCCUCCCCGUGGGGCUGGAAUGGCUCUAGAGGGGGGUCCCGGCCCCCCAACAGCACUGCCGAGGCCAAGCCCAAGGACGUGGCCUCCAAGUCUGUGGGGCUGUUCUUCAUGGUGCUGCUGGACCUCACGGCCAUCGUGGGCAACGCCGCCGUCAUGACGGUCAUCGCCAAGACGCCGGCGCUCCGCAAGUUCGUCUUCGUGUUCCACCUGUGCCUGGUGGAUUUCCUGGCCGCCCUCACGCUGAUGCCGCUGGAGAUGCUGUCGGGUUCGGCCGUGUUCGAGAGCCCGGGGCUGGGCGAGGCCGUGUGCCGCGUGUACCUGUUCCUCAGCGUCUGCCUCACCUCCAUGUGCAUCCUCUCCAUCUCCACCGUCAACGUGGAGCGCUACUACUACGUGGUGCACCCGCUGCGCUACGAGGUGCGCAUGACCGUGGGGCUGGUGGCCGGAGUGCUGGCCGGCGUGUGGCUCAAGGCUGUGGCCACCUCGCUGGUGCCCGUGCUGGGCUGGUUGUCCCCCGACCGCCCGCCAACGUCUGGCGCUCGUGGCUGCUCCUUGCAGUGGAGCCGCGGGCCAUCCUGCAAGGUCUUUGUGGUCUUCUUCGCCGCCUUCUACUUCGUCCUGCCGCUCCUCAUCAUCGUCGUGGUCUACUGCGGCAUGUUCAAGGUGGCACGGGUGGCAGCCAUGCACCACGGCCCGCCGCCCACCUGGAUGGAGACGCCGCGCCGGCGCUCGGCGUCGCUGAGCAGCCGCUCCACCAUGGUCACCACCUCGGGGGCACCUCGGACCACCCCGCAGAGGAUGUUUGGUGGGGGCAAGGCGGCCGCCGUGCUGCUGGCUGUGGGCGGCCAGUUCCUCUUCUGCUGGUUGCCCUACUUUUCCUUCCAGCUGUACACGGCGCUGAGCACUCGGCCCUUGGCCGGGCCGGCGGCUGAGACUGUGGUCACCUGGCUGGGGUUCUGCUGCUUCACCUCCAACCCCUUCUUCUACGGCUGCCUCAACCGGCAGAUCCGCGGGGAGCUCGGCCGGCUGCUCACCUGCUUCUUCAAGCAGCCCCCGGAGGAGGACCUGCGGCUGCCGAGCCGUGAGGGCUCCAUCGAGGAGAACUUCCUACAGUUCCUCCAGAGCACUGGGCGCCCACCAGAGCCCCCCAGCCGCGAGCGGGACCUGCCCCCCGUGGAUUUCCGCAUUCCGGGGCAGAUCGAGGAGGAGGCGGCCGAGGCGAUGGAGUGGGGCGGGGGGAGCGGGGUGUUUGUGCCCGUGGCGGGCUCUGCCAAAGCGGGGCUGUAGCGUUUGGGGGGGUUUGGGGUAAACGUGGCUCUGAGGGGAGAGAUGGU